CUCCUUCUCUUUAAUUCUCCUUCCUUUCUCCUUUCUUUCUCUCUCUCUCUCUCUCUCUCUCAGUCUCUCUCUGUCUCUCUCUUUGGUACCUUCCCACGUACGUUUUAUUCGAUAAAUUUCAAACUGGUGUCGCCUGAAGGAGCCCCUUUGAGCGAAGCGAAAGGCAACAAACGCAUACAAUCAUCAUUCUCGCCUAUCCGGAAGUCAUAUGCCCAUACACGCGCGAAGAACGCGCGGACCCUACGAGGAAAUCGAAAUGGUCGAAUUGAGUGGUAGUGGACAAGCGAAUUCGGCCAUGGGUGUUACGGGACUCGGUUCUGUGGUAUCCGCAGCGGCCUCAUCUUCGUCAUCCUCAACGACAACGACGACCACUGGUGGUGCAUCCUCGUCAACUUCCGGUCGUGCUGGUAUACUCGAGACACAGGUGCGCGGCCAAUGGUAUCGAGUAUUCGUCUCUUUAGAGGACGAUUAUUUGAGUAUAUCACUUGACGAGAGUUGCGACACUGUUAACAACGUUCUAAACAAUGGCAACAUCAAUAACAACAAUGUCGACAGUCUGAAUGAUCCGGACGUACCGGAUUCCGUCGCCAAUCAAAAACGUAUCGUGCGGGUCGUUAAAAGUGACAACAACGGACUCGGUAUUUCUAUUAAAGGAGGAAAAGAAAAUAAAAUGCCGAUAUUAAUCUCGAAGAUAUUCAAAGGUAUGGCUGCCGAUGCCACGGAGCAAUUGUACGUUGGCGAUGCAAUAUUGGCUGUUAACGGUGAGGAUCUACGUGAGGCGACCCAUGACGAAGCUGUUAAGGCGCUCAAGAGGGCUGGCAAGGUCGUCGAGCUUGAAGUGAAGUACCUGAGGGAGGUGACACCGUACUUCAGGAAAGCCUCGAUCAUCCAGGAAGUCGGUUGGGAGUUGCAACGUGGAUUUCUCAGUGCGACACCACCACCACCAAAGUCACCGCCCAGGGCAGACACUCGUUAUCUGCCAUUGCAGCUUUGCAGACUCACCAGGGCGCAUCCUUCCUCGGAUCCCGAGGGUCGAAUCCUAGAAUUACAUUCGCCCGAUGGUGUUCACGAAUGUUGGUUGAGAGCCGCUGACAAUACAGAGGCAAACGUAUGGUUCAACGCUUUACACUCGGCGCUAGCAGCACUAACUCUUAAAGCACUAAGACUAGCCUCAGCAGUUCCGGAUCCGCCGCAGCUUCAGCACAUUGGUUGGCUCGCGAGGAGGCACUGUCUGCAGAAAGGAAGUGCAAGCAGCGAAAGUAGCGAGGAUGGAGCCGGAAGUAGUGCAAGUACCUCACGAGGUGCCGGAAGUGGAUUUACUUUGGCGACUGGUUGCGCAGGGGGAUGGCGUAGUGUCUUUGGUGCGGUUUCAGGAAGAGAAUUAAGGCUUUAUGAAUGUGCACCAUGGAGUCCUGAGGCUUGGGCAUCACCGAGUAUUACUUGUCCUCUUAUUGCUACCAGAUUGGUUUCAUCACCGACAAGACAAAAUGAGGCAGCGGCGAGUAGUAGCGGUGGAUUGACGCAGCACGGUGCCACGUUCGCGGUUCGCGUUGGUACGAUCGACGGCGUCGUAACGCAUCAUCUGCGAGCUGAAACACGAAGGGAUCUGGCAGCUUGGGCAAGGGCGAUCGUUCAGGGAUGUCAUGCCGCAGCCGCAUCGUUGCGUGAAUAUACCGUUCGAUGCACGUGGCAGGGUAAAGCCUGCCAGUUGGUCGUCAAUCACGAAGAGGGAUUCUCGCUGUACGCUACAGGGACAAGGGGCGUCGUUGGAAAUGGCGUUAGUCCUGGAUCACCACCGACUCCCCUUUGGAAGAGAUCCUUCGACAAACUGAAAAUGUCUGCCGACGAUGGCGCACGCUUACUCUGGCUCGAUUUUGGCGGCGAGGAUGGAGAAUUUGAAUUGGAUUUAGAAAGUUGUCCGAAACCAAUUGUCUUCGUUCUUCACAAUUUUCUAUCGGCGAAGAUUCAUCGAAUGGGACUGAGCGCAUAGGGGUACGAGGGGGCCCCGGCUGAGGCCCCCGACCUGCCACCCCACACCACCAGAUCCGUUACUAGUGUAUUUCUUCAUUGAACGAUCGAAACAUGGGAAAGAAAGAGAGGGAGAGAGAGAGAGAGAGAGAGAGAGAGAACGAAGUUACGAAUGAAAUUUAACGAAAUCAAAAAUUAAAAAAAAUAAACUAAUUUCAACUGUUAAAAUACUUUGCAAAGUGUAUGAAACAAUAUUUAUUAAUUAACAUUUACAAAUUAAAAACAAUAUUAAUAAAUUAAAGACAGAUAAAAGAAAAGAAAAAUUCUUUCGCUUCGUUCUGUCCUCGAUAAUACGAGAGAGCGAGAAGUAUAUAAUCGUUUUGAAACCAUCCACGCGAUCGUAAAAAAGACAUGAAAUAUAAGGAUGAAGAUUAUAUCGAUGAGAAAAAUAACAAAAGAUGUUGUUGUGUUGUUGUUGUUGAUGGUGGUGAUGGUGGUGGUGGUGAUGGUGGUAAUGGUAGAUGAUGCAGGAGAACGAAAUAAAAAAAAAAAAACAAAAGAAAUAAAAGAAGAAAAAAAGAAAGAUAAAAGAGACGGAUAGAUUAAAAGAAAAAAAAAAAAGGAAGAAGGAAGAAAAAGAAAAAAAAAUACGAUGAUCGAGGACAUUGACGAUGAAUUUUUUCUGUUCGAAAAAAAAACAAAAACAGAAACAAAAAAAAAAGAAAUGUCCUCGUCCUCGGUCACUUCUAAACGCGCCUAACUAACUAAAUAACCUAUCUACCUAACGAUAAGAAGUAAGAUAACUAAAAUUGACGAUUGUAACGAGGAUAUCAAGAAAAGAAAAAUAAGAAAAAAUAAAAGAAAAGAGAAAGAGGGAGAGGGGAAAAAGAAAAAAGAAGAGCGUCUUAAAGGAAGAAGAAGAAGAAGAUGAAGAAGAAGAAAAUAAAACGAUUAAAAAAUAAAGAAAACAUCAAAACAAAACUCGGUUUAAACGAGCGAGUUUAAUUCAUUCAAAAGAAAAAUAAUACUUAUACCGAUAGAAACAGAGAAAGAAAGAAAGAGAAAGAGAGAGAGAGAGAGAGGGAGAG